AACAUUAAAGACGUGUCACUUCAAGCAUGCAGCGAAGCGACAUUAUGAACGCAAUCUACCUCCGGUCCCGCUACAGACCGUUGAGAAAGACGGGUUCAGAGCAAUGAUUAAAACACUGGAUUUAAGAUGUCUUGCCUCGCCUUGCCUUCAAACAGCGAAGACAGCGGAGCUACGUUCACUCGCCCACUACAACAACCUAACUUACCUGUGGCCAAGAGCUGUGCUGGAGUAUCUGAUCCAGUUCCUGUCCAUCCAGUGAGCCUAAUGGCUGUCGGCCCAGGCAGCUGCUUGAGGUGUCUCGGAGCUGGGGAUUGCAUCAUUAUAGAACAAUAGCAAUUGGAAUCAAAGUUCACCCUCCUAUUCCUCCAAUCGCUUCCCCCGUUCCUUUUUGUCUCAGCCUGACUUUCGACACACACAACCCACUGACCACUCCUCCCACGCUAGUCAUGGUCCACUCCCCCUGUUUCUCCAGCCAGUCAGGCAGUGAGUAGAUGGAAGCUGUGUAAUCCUCUGUAAAGUAUAGGGCCUAUACGGCUGCAUAUGCUCCCUUUUGUCAUGGCGGCCGUUGUUGUUGUGGAGGCCUCUCUCAGGAGAGCACAUGAGGGAGAACAGAAGGCAGCAUAAAGCUCACAAAGGGAGGAAGAGUGAGAGAGAGAGAGAGAGAGAGAGAGAGAGAGAGAGGGGGGGGGCGGGCGACACUGACGCUGCCAUUUAUUUGACUGGAGGAGAAUGAGCUUCACAGGGCAACGGAUGGACUUCAAUGGGGGUCAAACUACAUGAUGUGGGACUGGCAUUACCACCCAUCGGCAAUCACAAAUUGGACCGACAGUCCACUUUGGAGAUAUUUGCCACAUAGUGGCCUGCAGCAAGGAAUGCAGUGAAAUAGAGAAAAGUACACAAGAACUUUUUUUCUUGGUUUACAAUAUUUUCUAUUUUUCCUCUCCUUGGUCUUUAUCAAUUGCAGCAUACCAAAAGUGCCUUUUUUGUGUUACUUUUUGUCUAUUUUGUACUUAUCUAGCACUAUAUUAAUGCUCCACUAUUGCUGCAGAUUAGUGCUUGUAACCUAACUUACAGUAACUAUCACAUGUUUGUUGCCAUAUUUUAGAAAAAGUACAUAGUAUAUUUGACUUUGUGCGUGGGACCCAACACCAGGCUCCAUCAAAUACAUAGUUAACAAUCAUCCCUUUUUAGAACCUGAGAGUCAGGUUGCGCCAGACUGCGACUGUCCUCUCCAAACAUUUUGUUGCUUUGACGACGCAGAGCUGUCGCCAUGGUCAGUAUCCAGUCCAAAUGGCGCUACCUGUUCAUGUUCCUGGGCAUCCAGCUGGUGGUCAUGGCGCUGCUGUCCCGAGAGGGAUACCAGAAGAGGGUUUCCUACUUCAUCCGCAUCUUCCGCAAGCCUGACACCACUGGUUUGACAGGCCGGAACCACACAGCAGCAGGCAUCGCUGGAGGGGAUGUAUAUGCCAACCUCUCCCACCUAUCCAAAUCUUCUAGCCAUGGAGAUGGCAUGCCCUACUGCCCGAAGACGUCCCCUCUUAUAGGUGGGCCGAUACACGUCAGCUUUCCAUCAGGGCUCACUCUAGCAGAGGUUCAGAGGAAAAAUCCACUGGUGGUGCGCGGAGGACGCUACCGGCCGCCCGACUGUGAGGCGAGGCACCGAACGGCCAUCAUCAUUCCCCACAGAAACAGAGAACACCACCUUAAGUUCCUGCUAUACUACUUGCAUCCUUUUCUGCAGCGACAACAGCUCAACUAUGGAAUUUACGUCAUUCACCAGGCGGGAAACUACACUUUCAACAGGGCCAAGCUGAUGAAUGUGGGUUUCCGGGAGGCCAUGAAGGAGGAAGACUGGGACUGUCUCUUCUUCCACGAUGUGGACCUCAUUCCGGAGGACGAUCGCAACACAUACGUCUGCGACUCCAACCCCAAGCACGCGGCCAUCGCCAUGGACAAGUUUGGCUACAAGCUUCCGUACAAGAUGUACUUUGGAGGAGUGUCAGCUCUGACGCCACUGCACUACCUCAAGAUGAACGGCUUUCCCAACAACUACUGGGGCUGGGGUGGAGAGGACGACGAUAUUGGAGUCAGAGUGUCUCUGGGGGGGAUGUAUAUCACUCGUCCAUCCCUGAAGGUCGGCCGUUACAAGAUGAUUAAACAUAAGUUGGACAAAGGCAAUGAUGUGAACCCAAAAAGGUUCAACAUGCUGGCCAAGACGCGUCAGACCUGGAAGUUGGAUGGGAUGAACACAGCUGAAUAUGAGACAAUCUCACGGGAAUACAUGCCCCUCUACACCAACAUCACUGUCAACAUCGGCACUGAGGCCGGCCUACAUCCACCUCCACCUCCACCACCACAUGCCAAAGCUGAAGUCAAAGCACCUCCCGAAGUCCCAGCAAAAGGCUCAGCCAAACCCCCUGCCAAACUCAAAGAGGGCCACUCAGAGAAAAAGUCUACCCUAAGAGACCGCUAAUCAUGUUUCACUCUGCCAUGACUUCAAUGGGUUAAUCCCAUUCGUAAAUGCUGUAGGAUGGUGGUUUUCCUCCUCGAUCGCCUGGAGUUUUCUGCCCAUUUUAAGCUUUUUCGGCAGUUUGUGUAGGAAUUAGUUUGUGCAGAGUCAACAUCGUACUGCCUGCGGACAGUGGGGCACUCAUUUGGGUGAUGAAAACACCUGAUUUAUUGAAAAUGAAAACAAUUGACCUGGAUUUUUCAACUGUGAGGUGAUGGCUCUCCACCUUCCGGUUACAUCACUGAUUCUUCUUCUUCCAAGGGAGCCACAGUGAAGAGUGAAGGGUAAAAGUUGGACUCUAUGAGUUUAUAUAUCUACAGCGCUGUCGGCGCUGGUUAAACCUUGUGAUGCCUUAGAAGCUUGUUCUUUUUUUGUCUUUUCACUCAUACCUUACAUUAUUUAGAAUAUUGAGUUUAAUAGAGCGUUACCUGCAAUUUCCAGCAGUCACACUAAUUUUUUUCCGUCUAAGCGCCAAUGAAUACACGAGUGAAGGAGACGGUUGCCUGUUUCCAGUUGAGCGUGUGAAGCUGCUACAAUGAGUACUGAAUGAAAGAACUCGACAGAUUUGUGCAUCACUCUUCCUACUAUUACUGCUUCUGUCACAACAGCGCAAAUAUCCGAUAUGUCUGCUAAUGUCUGGGAUCAGAGAUGCUGAUGUCUAUCUGUUUGGUACAGUAUGUGUAUCAAAAGAUAGACUUAAUAUUUCUAAUGUUUUCAGUUAUGGAUGCUGUACACAUAAUUUAUGUUCAGUGGAAUUACCCAAGUGAAUGAGAACAUUUUAGUUCUGUAUGCCAAGGCCAAGGUACAGUUUUUCUAUGUGGCAGUAGUGUGUUCAGUUCAGCCUUUAAAGCUUCAGCAUAUCCGAUUUACUUUCGAUAUCAACUUUCUUUUUUGGGUGUUUUUGCCUUUAUCAAACAGAGCAGGUCUUGGUGACUGUUAUCAGUCUUCUGCCUUCAGAUGAACUUUAGAUUCAUAUCAAAAUGGAGUCCGUCUUGCUUAACAUUUCUUCAUAUGUAUGUUGAUUAUGAGCAGUGUACUAUAUAUCUCCUUAUGUAAAUGUGCCCAACGAUGUCCUCCCAUAACACUUUAAAUGCAGUCGAUCUUUAUUAUGUAUCUUUUGCCCAUCUCCUGUCCUUAAACUAUACAUAUUGUUGAGAAAUGGAACUAGAAAAAGCAUUUGCUCUGCACAAAAGUAAAAAAAAAAGUCACUUUUGCAACAUCAUGUCUAGAAGUAGAGAUUAGUAAAUGUUUUUUUCCAGCUCACAGUACUGUAGCCAGAUUUAACCAUGUAGACAAACCCCGAAGCACAUGAUAAAUCUCUGUGAUUGCAGUUGAUGGGCAAUAGAAGUUGUUUUGCUGUUAUCACAAGAGAGCAUUUAGCAUGUUUUUUUUAUAUAUUUUUUUUCUUCAGUUCAAUUGAAGGAUUAUGUCUUUUGUUUGUGUUUUUGAAAAAUAUUCUGUGACAUCUUGAUCUGAUUUGAUCAUGUAAAAACCCACAAAAUCCUGUCUAAAUGUUGACCUGUAGAUGGUGUGAGGUUUCAACCCAGUACCGGCAGUGUGUCAUUUUGUGAAAUUUGACUGAAAUCUGAGAUGUUCACUUUAGCAAUGUUGUUAUGCAAUUUAUAGACUCACCUAUAAGAAAACAUGCAGUUUCUUUCUUUUUUCUUUUAUCCGUUUUUAUUCUUUCAAUAGGUUUAUUUAAAAACGCAUAAAACAAUUUGUCACUUGGUGUAAUCUUUAAUAUUGACCCAGUUUCUCCACCAUGUGACUCGGAAAGUCAGCUCUUUAACAAGUCAUCAUGCAUAGACAUCUGCCAUUUCCUUUCCACUUGUGCCCGUAUACUGCAUGUCGACUCUGCGCCCUCCUCUUCACUUCUCUCCACUCUUGACAGAUUUGAUUGUAAAAGCGAGAAAAAAGAACCGGCCCCUUCCUCCAGUGAGAGUGAGAGUGGCUGUACUGGCAGGUGAACAGGCUAAAACCAAAGACAACUGCAUGGAAAGCUGUGAUGAUGGAUAAAACAUUGUGCGUGUGUGUGUGUGUGUACAGUAUACUUCUUAUGUCGUGAUUUCGGUAACACUUAGCAUCUUUUAGUUCUGGGUUCAAAGAAUCUCAAACCAACAUGUAUUCAGAUUUCCCAAAAUGUACAAACCACAGAUGAAGAAAACUUGAGGGAAUGAGAAUAGUUCAUGAUGAUCGAGUGAUUUUUUUUUUUUUUUUCAAACUGUACUGUAAACAUUAUUUUUUAUCUUUGUGUCAUUGUGGUAAUCGUCUGCUGAAAUGGACGAGACGAGCUCUGAGAGUGGUUGCCUGUGAUUUUCAUAAAUAGACGACUAUAUACUGUAUUAUCAUUUUGAUGUGAAUACAUAUUCAACUCCUAUGGCCUUAGCAACACACAAUACUAGUAUUUCAACACUUGGUAACUAAUAUGAUAGCACCUUUAUAUCAAGGCUAAAUAUGCAUGGCAACGAACCCAUUAGUGAGGGAAUGUACUGGGCAUAAUGUGGAGAUGAUACAUAUCAGUGCUUAUGUAGAAAAUAUGAAGCAUGCUGUUUUGUGAACUGGAAACUGUCUUAUUGUGACUGUAAAUGCAAGAUUCCAUCUGCUCUUUUGUCACUAAAUCCCAAGAGUAGAUCAUUUUUUAACAAAAUGGUACAAAGGAAGCUUAUAUUCCCAAAGUCACAGCGUAAAGUCUCUGUCAUUUACUCUUAACACUUGACCCGAUAUUUUGGGUUUUUUAUUUGAAGCUACUUAAUGUUUGAUUUGACUCCGUUCUGAUGUAGAUAAGCUCAGCAGCAAUAGAAAGCAGCCUUCACAGGGUAGUACUGAAGCAACCGAGGGCAAUGUGACUUUGUGGGUUAUUUCUGCUCUCUUUAUGAGUUCUGCACAGUCCAGAGUGGCCUUAAAUUCAUUAAUAAAGUGAUUAUUCAAAUGA